GUGUCACAGGAUGGAGGAAAAUAAAAACAUAUCCUACAGUAUGCGUAGGCAAAGCCAUCAGAAUGCCAGUCUAAAAAAGACUAAAUUGGAAGUGACCACGUGAGAUCUUCCUGCUGAAAGUUUGGGAUGUGGAGAUGAAAAUAGGAACCACUACUUCCUUUCUUCUUUCAGAUGCAAGCUAGAACUAUCACUGAUGAUCAUCCCAAAGUUUCAUUCUUGGGGCCACUAGUUUCUCCCAGUUCAUGUACACCUUAUGAGAAGGAUUCUUGUGAUGUUUUCAGAUACAGUAAAAAAUAUUGGAAGAGAAUUUGAACCCAUCUCAGAAGAAAUGUCUGGAGAACAUUGAGCAAAGGUGAGAUAACCAAAAUAUCAUCAUCCAGAAACAGACCUUGUGGACAUCACAAGGAUGAAUUGUUUUUGACAGGCUGAAACAUGGAGGGGUCCCUUGUAGCUCCACUUGGAUUAACCACACUCAGAGGUAGACUACAGUGAAGAAUUGCUCUGUUUGGAAUAACAUAUUAGAAGAAUCGUGGUCUGAUUCAAAGCAUCAGGUUUUUAACUUCUCUUUGAUUUUUAAUGCAAAGAAUGGAAACUGAUAAGCUGAUGCUCAUUUGAAACAUGCAAUUAAAAGAAGAGUGGGGAUCUGGAAAUUAAUAUCUUCAUUCUGUUUUUAGGAAUGAACUAAUGGCAAAUAGGACCACAAUAAAGGAAUUCACACUGUUAGGGCUGAAUGCAAACCUUCCACUUGAAGUUAGCCUUUUUCUAUUCCUACUUGGGAUUUAUCUUUUGACAUUAAUAGGAAACACAAUGAUUGUUGUUGUCACACUGGUGAAUGUUCAACUCUGUAGCCCAAUGUAUUUUUUCCUCCGACAUUUGGCAUGGGUAGAUCUUGGGUAUAUGAGUACUAUAAUUCCCAAAGCACUGGUCAACAUAGCUACUGGUACUAAGAGCAUCUCUUUAGCUGGUUGCUUCAUACAGGAAUUUCUUUAUUUCGUCCUUGGCACCAUUGUGUUUUUCCUACUGGCCACCAUGUCUGUUGAUCGUUACAUAGCCAUCUGCAACCCUCUUCACUAUACAACCAUCAUGAAUCCCCGAAUCUGCUCAUUAUUAGUAUUUUCUUGUUUGGUUGGAGGGUUUUUACUAAUUCUAGUUGUAUCCAUUCCUUUAUUUCUUAUGCCAUUUUGUGGUCCUAAUGUCAUGAAUCAUUUUUUUUGUGACUAUGGACCCCUAAUGAAGCUGAUAUGUAUUGACACCAGCUUCCUAGAAAUGACUUAUUUUGUAGUUGCUAUAUUCAUUCUGCUUGGGACCUUAAGUGUCAACAUUGUCUCUUAUGUCAAAAUCAUUUCCACCAUUCUGCGUAUUCCAUCAGCUACUGGGAGAAAGAAGACCUUCUCCACUGUUGCUUCUCACAUGACUGUGGUCACUGUCACUUACAGCAGUUGUAUUUUCAUGUAUAUCAAGCCAAAAGGCACCAUUGGAUUAGACUACAACAAAAUAGUGGCUCUUCUGAAUACUGUUAUUGCUCCCUUUCUAAUCCCAAUUGCAUACUCUUUGAGGAACAGACAAGUGCAGGAUGCUUUGAAGGCUGAACUGAGACACAGGAUUGGUUUUGCAAAAAAAUGAGAUGAUUGGCUAUUGCUAGGGCUCCGAAAAAGAUGUUCAGAUUUAAUGUCUUUGAAUGGAUUGUGCUGCCUUCAGAUGUAAUAAUUACCCAUUGAGAUGUCUUAUAAGGGGAUUUGAGAAAGCAUAGAGUAGUGGUGAUAAACCUAUGGCAUGCAUGCCAGAGGGGGCACUCAGAGCUCUCUUUGUAGGCAUGCAUGCCUCACUCUUUGGCUAGUUUUUUGCAGGAAAAAAGCCAUUUCUCAAGCCCCUUCGUAGCCAAAACAAGCCUCUGGAGCGAGCGUGCUCUUUUCAGCUUCGAAUUAUAUCAAAUCUGACACCAAAAACAGAUUAACAGAUGACCUGAGUGCUGCAUAUGUUGCUUUCAAACUUACAAGUAUAAGCCAAGGUUAGACAAAUUAUCAGCAUGCAUACAACAACAAAAAUCACAUUAAUGGUUCAAAAGCAUGCCUAAUGCAAACUGUUUACCUUUCAAAAAAAAAUUGUAUGUAUCAUUGAAAUCUUUGUUAUGUUUUUUUUUUCUUUUAAGGCAAAAGAUGUCAAUCUAGGAGUUGUUUUUUUAAACUAAAACCUCGGUAUUCAGAUUAAAUUGUAGUAUUGGCACUUUGCAAUAAAUAAGUGGGUUUUGGGUUGCAGUUUGGGCACUCGGUCUCUAAACGUUUCGCUGUCACUGGCAUAGAGGAUGGGAUAAUCAAGAAUAAAAACAUCUGAUUGACAUCAAAGGCCAAAUACCUGAAAAAAUUGGUUUGCUAGUGAAGAACAAUGGAAAAAGACAAUUGCCCAUCUCUCCUGGUUGUCCAUUUACAAAACAAAUCUGGUUGCACAUUAUGUGACCUAGGAGAUAUGAGAGCUUCACCUAAUGCAUCCUCAAAGCUCUUACCAUCUUCAGAAGCAGACCAUACAGCCACCAUCUCCUAAUUGUUUCUUGGGUUCAAGUAUGUUUUAUUAGUUGGCACUCUGUGUGGAUCAUAUGCAAUACAAUAUAGUACAAUAAGAUAUUUGGUUUUGGUUUACUUAUGGGAGUCAAUACUGGUGAAUGUAGCUCUCCCUCUUGAUGUUUAUCACAGGGUAGAAUAACUGAACUGGAGAAUGAAGCUCAGUGAUUAUAGAAUAUCAGCAGGCAAUGGUCCCAUUGAUAAAGCUGCAUGUAACAGAAAAUACAUAGUAAAGGCAUGAAACAUGAGAUCUAGACCUAGAGAAUGUUGCCAAUAUAGAAAUUAAUGGUUGUAAGGUGCUCAUAGUACCUUAAUGUGAGGUGAGCAGUAAAUUUGGUUUAAAAAAUAAAAUGAAUAAAACAAGUAUCUAAUUAAGCGGUUUUGUUGGUUAAUUCAAACCAAAACACAAGUCUAAGGACUUUUUAAAUUAUAGCAUCUUAUUUCUCAAGACCUAUCAAGAAUUCAUGCAAAGUUGCUUUGGGAUAUUGGAGAAAUAUGAUAGACAAGACCUCCCUUCCUUUAUCUUACUCAAUAUGACUCACAGUUCUCAUUUAUAAAUAUUUUUUGACAUCCAAAUAGCUAGCAAAGGUUGAAAGUAGAGGGAUGUUCUUGAAUGUCUCAGAAUGCAAGCAAAACCACAGUUAAUAAAAGAAAUACGAGUCCAGAUCAGAAACGGGCAUUGACAUCCAAGACUGACCAUGUUUUGUGAUGCUCUGGAAUCCUCCCUCAAAUAAUUUCUGCCUGAAUUCACUCUCCCAUUGGGAGGCUCAGUUUUAUUACCAAUGGCCAAUGGAAUUAGACAUGGCCAAGUCCAUUUGAUUCCCACCAUUUUCAAUGAGUUUUGUAAAUGUGUGCUUGUAAUACUUGAAAUUGAUUGAGAGAGAACUGAUUUGUGUUAUUAGAUCUGAAUUGAAUGGCUAAUCAAAUAAAUCCUCAAUUGAAGUGAAGACAUCCCUUGGAACAUGCAAACAAUGGUCUUCUCUGUCUUUGGGUUUGACAUUAACAAUAGAGGGAGAUACAGAAUACUUGAUACAGAUUCCUUGUAAUGCAUUUCUCUGCAUUGAGAUGUCCCUGAGGGAUCUUCACAAAUCAGUCUUGAAUUUUUCUUAUACCACAUGCUUCAGAACUGUAACUAGCUCUAUUGAGUAUAAGAUGUUGUUUCUGUGUUCAUUGCUAUGGAAAGAUAUUAAAGAUGAAGGCUGAGAUAUUGCACAAGGGGUACAUCCAUGAGCGAAGAAGACAAGGCUUCUUUUCAAAAGCCCUGUGAAUGGAGAGUGCUAUGCUUCCCAAACAUUGAACUAAGGGGUAAUAUCUUAUUAGAUUCUUUUGCUUUGAUUUGUAGGCAUAACAAAACAUUGAUUAACCAACUAGAAAAUAGCUUUUAUGUAGAUUGCAAGGAGCAAAAAUGUAGUUUGCCUCCGAAAAAUAACUUAGGAAGCAAAAUUUGAUAGCUAGCUGCUUCAAAACAGUAACUAGUUCU